AUGUUACCUGUUUCCGCUCCACCAAGCCCCCGAAAGAUCUUCAGAGCAAAAUGGUGUCAUUCCAGUAUCUUCCUGCUGACCAUUCUGUCGCUCUUCGUCUGGACCCAACAUUUGUUUGUUCCCACUGAACAUCACCUCUCUCGUCCAAAGUCAAAGGGCUUCCAGUUUUCUCCUCGUGAACAUCAACGACUAAAAGAGAAACGGAGUAACACGACAAAAGAGGGUGCCAACUUUUGCGCUCUGUUUUUCGUGUAUGGUCAUGUCCCUCGCUACGAAAAUGAGGCAGUGCAACAGAUGCAGCGGCUCAAGACAUUGAACCCGAAAAUGACAACCAUAAUGGUGACGGACAAUCCUUCUCUCCAGGACGAAUCACCAGCGGCUAUUGACAUUCUUCAAAUUAUAUCAAGGCCAAAGUUUUCCUUCCAGCGAUUCCUCGGCAUCUUUGGAAUCAAGGAGUUUUCCACUCGACUCUACUAUAUUAGUACUGUCUUUGAAUGGGCACCUUCCUGUGAUAUGGUGCUUUCGCUGGACUCGCAUGUUACGGUUUGUUCCAGUAACCUCUACGAAAGGUUGGAAGAACUAUACAGCAAUCCUUCCUUUUUCAUCGGAACCAAUGUGGAGAAUGCACCUCACUGGAAAAUGUCCUCAUUUGCCUUUCUGGAGAAACACAUGAAAUACAAUCUGCUUCCGCACAACUAUGCCAUUGCCUACACUCCAGAAUCCAUUCCAUUUGUUAAACGAUGGUAUCAAUUCAUGAAGUCAUGGAAAACAUUCUUCCAGUACCAACAAGACGACCAACGCCCUCUGGCGCACUUACUCCAAGAGCCAGGUGCCCCACCAUUCACACGGCUUCCCGAACAUUUAUUUCUGGGUUCCAAAUCCAUACACAAGGGCAAAUAUGGAUUCUAUCCUCGGUUCACCUAUGUUUACGAAGAAAGUAACAUCACUCUGGUUCAUUCCUAUCGAUCACCCGGAUUGCCCGAUGGAGUGACUGACAUUUGUGAGGUCUAUCAGCAGGCAACUUCGGAACCUCGCAUGAUGCUUUGGCAUAGCCUGGAAGACUCCUAUCAUAUCGUCAAGAGCGCCCAACAAUGUGAGGCAGAACUUAGCCAUAUCGACGAGAAACAACUCUGCCGGGAUCCAGGACACCUCUACGCUUUGUCCUCCAAGAGUUCGAGGGAUCGCUGGCUGAAUGGUCCCUGA